GAGAUAAGAUGUCAACUGCUGCGUGUACAACUGAUCAAUUGAAGUGCUUUCAGUAGGUAUUCGCGAGCAAACGCUACUUUUAAACAAAGAAAUACAGUAAAAACGAGCCUGAAGUGCAACUAAACUACGUUUCCCAUGAUGCACUUCUCCGGAGGGUCCCGGGAAUCUCUUCCGGGUUAAAAGCUAGUAAACAUUGACGUUGCGGCGUUAGUUACCCGGCAAAAUGUAAAGUUAUCCAUGAAAAUAUCAAAAUAUUAAGUGCUCCACAAAGCUUUACUCAACAAAGGUGAGGAGCUCCCGGCCGCUCGGAUUGUUUUGCCGGUUUGUUGCUGAGAUGUCCCUGGGCAAGGCCAAGCUGCUACGGACCGGCAUCAACACGCUGCACCAGGCAAUCCACCCUGUGCACGGCGUGGCGUGGACCGAUGGCAAGCAGGUGUGCCUGACAACGCUGUACUUCCAACGCGGCGAGCCCAAAUUCGGCGACACCAAUGUCAUCGGGCAGUUUGAGCAUGUCUUGGGGCUCUUCUGGGGCCCACUGUGCUGCCCUGAUUCUCCCGCCCUGCUGGCCGUGCAGCAUAAGAAGCACGUCAGCGUUUGGCAGUUGCAGCUAAGCGCGUUGGAACAUAACAAGCUGCUGUGCACGCAGACCUGCGAGAUGAGCGAGCCCUUCCCGUUGCUUGCGCAGGGCUGCGUCUGGCACCCCAAACUGGACAUUCUGGCCCUCCUAACCAAGCGGGACGCCUCAGUGCUAUUCGCCGUACGGGUGGACAACAGGAGGACCAAGGCGAAUAUUAAGGGUAGCGGUCUGAUCCACUGCGCAUGUUGGACUAAAGACGGAACCCGGUUAGUGGUGGCAAUCGGCACCUCGCUCCACUCCUACAUCUGGAACGACAUCCACAAAAGCCUGGUGGCCUGCUCCUUCUGCCCCAUUUUUGACGUGGGGGGCUACAUCUGUGCCAUAGAGGCAACGGGAGACUCGCAGGUUGCCGUGGCGACAGAGCUGCCCUUGGAGAAGCUAUGCGGGUUGAAUGCCGGCAUGGCCUUUGAGGUGGAGCCCUCGCGAGUCCAGACGCCGGAAAACGACCUUUGUCACGAUUCCAGACGGCUGUCGUUUGACCUUUCUGACAGGCCUCAUACACCCACCUCUGGGCCUCUGGACCUGACGCACCUCCUGGCCAGGCACCGGCGCUCGGACCCCUGUCCGCUUAUCCACCUGAAGCGCAAGGAUGGGGUGACGGGUUCUGGUCAGGACUCCUCACACCUCGUACUGAUUACGUACGACCGCAAAGUGGUCACCACCCGUAAAGUCAGCAUACCGGGAAUCCUGGUGCCGGAUUUGGUGGCUUUUGACCCGCGCGCAUCCACUGUGGCUGUAGCAUCUAACACCUGCAAUAUGGUGCUGGUGUACCAUAUCACGGCGUCGGCCAUGCCCAAUAUCCAUCAGAUCUCGCUGCAAGCCACCGACAGGCUCAAGGGGGUCUGUUUCCUUAGCGACAAGGUGCUGCUAAUGAUGGUGGGCCAGCAGAAGUCCAUUGACCCUGCCUUCCUCCCAUCCUCCAACACGGAAAAGUACAUCCUGCGCUUGGUAACCAAAAAGUUGGAUGGUGAGGGUGCCCCCCCCCUUCUCAACGCAGAGCCUACUUCUAAUUUGUCACGGAUUAGAAGUCAGUCCGAGCACCUGCCCAAGGAGGACAGGGAGCUGCUGGGGAUGAAGGACUUGGUUCUGCCUGGGGCGGGAAUUCUCCCCCGCUCACCCAGGAACAGACGCAGGAUGGUAGAAGAGGUGAGGAGCCCAGAGCCUAGCCCUGUGGCAAGCUCCGUGGACUUCUCCUCCUCCUCUGAAAGAACCUCCUCCAUCAUGGUGGAAAACUUGGACGUCAGCCACAUGGCAUUGGCGGGCCAGACCAGCAGGGACUCCAGCCGGGCCGGAUCACCUCGACCGGAGGUGGUACCAGAGCCAACGGUGCCCCCACCAGGCGGAUCCUCCAGGGAGAGAGCCUUGGAGCAUUUGGUCUCCAACAUGGAGCGGCUGUUCACUCGCUUUGCAGACGUACAGCAGUGCCUGGGCGAGAUCCGAGAGUACACCCAAAAUGGCAAGAAGGUUUCAAGCUCCUACCCAGCCGCCGCCGAGCCCCCAUACCUCAACGUUACAUGCCAGAAGCAGCUGUCUGAAAACGUGUUUAUUGACGAACGGCGUCCGAUGCUGCUUUGUGAUGGUAAGCUGCGUCUACGUGCCCUCCAGGAGCUUUUCAACCUCACAGUUGUGGAGAUGCUGCACGGCCCCCUGUGGAUCGUCCUGGUAGCCGACUCCGAAGGCUUCGUGCCCCUGACUUUCAAGCCCAAAGAUGAGCUCACUGUACGAAACGGCAAGCGUAAAUCCACCCUGCGCACCCCCGGGAGCCCCGAGACCUCCUGCCCGUCCAGUCCGGCUCCCUGCCACAACCCUGACACCACCACCACAGAUGCCACCACAUAGUGUAUGGACUUCACUUUGUAAAUAAAGCAAUUCCAACAAUUCA